CCUCGUGUUUCACACGUUGACCGAACGGCCGCAGCCGUGACCUCAUCGUCAUGAAAUGCAAAACUGCAGCAUUCUACGUGUCGGGCCGUUGCUCAGCGUCUGUGCUGCAGCUGAGUCAAAACUGUUAAGUGUGGGGAAUGUUAACCAUUGGACUCAAACACCACACCCACGAGGCAAACACUCAUUCCCCGUGUGAGAGCUGCUAUUAGGAUCACGCACUGUAAACAGUCAAACAUAAUGGGAGUGUGGCACCACUGGCACCGUGACCAGUGAACGGAGGGUGUGAGAGCUGCUGUUGGAAGAACAGGUAGUUAAACUGUGGAACAGGCUUUAGGCUGGGAGGAGGCCGGGCGGGUGAGUAACUGUGAUGACGUUUCAUUUUCCUGUUUCACGGCUGUUCACGCUCAUUCAUACCACAGGAGAGUCACCUGCUCUGCCGACGCCGAGGACGCCAGACCGGAUUCACCAGAAAGCAGCUGCAAGCGAUAAUGGCCGCCGCCUCAGGCACCAUGUUACCAGAGAAACAGUUCCAGUGCCCCAUCUGUCAACAGGUGUUCACCGACCCGGUCACCACUCCCUGCGGACACAACUUCUGCCAGGCCUGCAUCCAGAGUGCGUGGGACGGCACGGACGUCUGCCGGUGUCCCACCUGCGACAGGUCGUUCAGCCCUCGGCCUGAGAUGAGCAUCAACUCUGCCUUCAAGGAGCUGGCGGACACGCUCAGGAACAUGGUGGUCUGCUCCUCGGCCUCGCCGCUGUCCGCAGCCCAACCGGGGGAGGUGGUGUGCGACGUCUGUGCCACCACGUCCCUGCAGGUGAGGGCCCUGAAGUCCUGUCUGGUGUGUCUGACGUCGUACUGCGCUGCCCACCUGGAGCCUCACCAGAGGGUCUCCACCCUGAAGAUGCACAAGCUGAUCGAGCCGGUGAAGAACCUGCAGGACCGGAUGUGCAAGAAGCACGAGAGGCUGCUGGAGAUGUUCUGCAAGGACGAGCAGAAGUGUGUGUGCCUCUUCUGCACGGAGACCGAGCACAAAGGUCACCAGGCCGUCGCCAUAGAGGACGAGAGUCGGGAGAGGAAGGUCCAAAUGAAGAAGACGGAGGCAGAUUUUCAGCAGAUGAUCCAGGAGCAUCUGAAGAAAGUAGAGGAGAUUAAGAGCUGCCUGAAGCUCAGUGCAGGGAGUGCAGAGAGGGAGAAGAAGGAGAGCGACCGUCUCUUCUCGUCUCUGAUUCGCUACGUCCAGGAGAGACAAGCUGAAGUCUCCACGGAGGUCGAGGAGAAGCAGAGGGCGGCAGAGAGGAGGGCGGAGGAGCUGGUCACCGAGCUGCAGCAGGAGGUCACUGAGCUGCGGAGGAGAAACACCGAGCUGGAGGAGCUGGGGAACUCUGAGGACCAUCUGCACGUCCUGCAGAGGCUUCCCUCUGUCACAUCGCCUCCACCCUCCAGACAGUGGACGGAGACCAGCGUCCACCCUGAGCUCUGUGUGGGGACCGUGAGGACAGCGCUGUCCAAAGUGGGCCACACCCUGAAGAACGAGCUGGACGGCCUGAAGAAACAAGAGAUGAAGAGGAUGCAGAAAUAUGCAGUUGAAGUGGUGUUAGACCCGGACACCGCCCACCCGAACAUCGUGCUGUCGGCUGACGGGAAGCGGGGGGGCCGCGGCGAGCUGCUGCACGUCGUCCCCGACAACCCCCAACGCUUCGACCCCGUCAUCUGCGUCCUGGGCAAGACCGGCUUCCUGUCUGGGAGGUUCUACUACCAGGUAGAGGUGGGGACAAAGACCUUCUGGGACCUGGGCGUGGUCAAAGAGUCCGUCAACAGAAAGGGGAUGAUCACGUCCAAGCCCGAGAACGGCUACUGGACGGUGCGGAUGAGGAACGGGGACGAGUAUCGGGCUCUGGACUCCCCCUCGGUCCGCCUGUCUCUCAGGGAGAAGCCUCAGACUGUCGGGGUGUUCACAGAUUACGAGGCGGGGACGGUGUCGUUCUUUAACGUGGAGAACGGGUCUCACAUCUACAGCUUCACCGGAUGUCUGUGGUCCGAGAGGAUCUUCCCCUUCUUCAGCCCUGGUGUUUGUGAUGAGGGGAAGAACACGGCGGCGUUAGUCAUCACCGCCGUCAAUCCUGAGACUUAAGAGGACGAGUCUUUGCCGCCGUUCUGAGGCUGAAGAUGUUUGAGAAAUGAUUCAAUAUUUAAAACAUGAUGCAACUUUUAACCUUUAAACCGGCAGCUUGAUGAAAGUGAGUCUGAUGUGUGAGUGUGAACAUGAGAAAGUUUCCUCCUUCUCUCCCUGAACGUCUGUUCUCUGUGACUCUGCUGAGUGGGUUCCAUCUCCUGUGAGAAGAACUGACUGAGAGUC